AGUAGAUAUAGCUUUCUAGCCUGUGAAGCUAUCAGCCUGCUAGCCAGCUGUAAGCUAGCAGAGAUAUAUAUUAGACAAAGAAGUCUGUGAAAGAGAUUGAGUGAACAGAGUUUAAAAGUCACGGAGGAUACAGGGAGUGACCGUGACACAAAGCCAAAUGCGUUAGUCGGCAUUUAUGGAAGUAUGAAAAUGAAAGGUAGGCCUUUUCGAUAUCUUUUUAAACUUUUGUGAGCUGUUGGUUCUGACAUUAGCUAUGCUAGCCGCUGGGCUAGACUGGACUCAAAGCCGAGCAUCGAUGCUAGCAUUGUUUGUUAGCAUCCUGCAACAGGGAUCGGUGAGGCCCUUUGUUUUAAACCGACUAAAACAGGCUUUAGAUACUAAAGUAUUUAUUCUAUUUAAGUUGUCACCAGCCCGUCGUAUUUCAUUAGAGUGAGACCUGUUGUUAGUUUGUCUGAUUUUCGCAUUAAUAACAUUAUAUGAACGGAUUUGUCUCCAGGAGGGUGAAGCUAGCUGAGAUGUGUUGGCUAUUUUUGCGGUCCAGUACUGAACAGUGUUAGAGCUAAUGUGAACACUAAUGUUAGCUGAAGACGCAUUAAAACCCAAACUGAGAGAUUAGCCUGAUUCAGAGGAUGCAAACAGACAUUAUUGUCCUUGACUUACAGAUCUGAGGUUAAUAAAGACUGUUAGUCCGCUGCGGAUAAACUGAGACGCGGAUUUGUUGCUGGUUCGGAACUCAGAGUUCAUCACUUUAGCUGACGGUAAAUUACAGAAUCUGCAUCCUGCUCAUUUCAGUGUUCUUUCUAAGUGUAAAUGAAGGUAACUGCGUGACAUAUACUCACAGCUACAACACGAGGGAAGCUGGAGUGAAAUGUUAAAACUCGCCAAAGUUAAAUUCUUUUAACUUUGAAUGGCAGUAAAGUGACCAUGAACCUACAGGAAAAGCCUGAUUCCAGCUGUGUUUGAAGCUAAAGAGCACAUCUCCCCUGACAGGUCACACUAACUAAGUUUGAGUUGUUGUUCCUUAGCCUGGGUUAGCAGACUGGUUUAUAGCACUCUGAAACAGGCUGGAGCUCCACUCAGAAUCAGAACAGCUAACAUUGAAUAGUCAGUUGAAGGCCUUCAGUGCUACAACACCUACUCCCCCAAACUUUAACAGAUAACUAAAAUUCUGAAAAUGGAAGGUGUUAUCUGACUUUAAUUAGGUGUGACAGUUCAGAACUUCAGUUUCAGAUACUUAGGAAGUGGUCGCUCACUCACAGAUGCUCUUUGAUAAGGUCGAUUCUUAAAGGUUUGUGUUUUCUUCCUCCAGAGUGGAAAAUGAAGAUGGGGCCAUGAGGGAUCCAGUCACAACUUAGAAAACUGCAUUGUUGUUGUUUCAUCCAUCCAAGAGGUGAUGAAAAGAUUUUGAUUUUCUCACAUAUGUUUGCUGUUUAGUUUUCACAUUUAACUAUCAUAACUUCAGGUAUCAGUACUUUGCAAAGGCUAGAGGACUCCAUAACUUUCCAGUGUGUGUCAUAGUGUGUCUGCUGUUUUUCGGACGGACACCAAGCCCCUUAUUAUGAGCAGAGCACUCAUAACUGCUGUAUGCGACCAACAGGCUGAAACCCAAGUCAACCCCCGCCGCUGACCACUAGUCUCAAAUUGAGGAGUCCUUUCAAUCACAGGAUUUGUGCACUUCAGCCUCUAAUUGCCUAUUUUACAUGAUCACAAGCUUAAGAAGCAGAAAGGUGUUAUAAAGUGAUGCUUCCAGCCAUCUUCAUCACCAUAUAUCCAGCACUUCUUUGACAGCAAAGCAGUCACUUGCCUGUUUGAGCGCCAUGCUCUAAGUAAAACUUCAUAAUGGAAUGAAAUACCUUCCUCAGAAUUUUACACAGCUAAUUCACAGGCCAAUUCAAGGAUGAGAAAAAGAAGGUAUUCCUGCAUUUUACAGUAAUUGCAGAAUUUAUAAUAUAAUUUCAGUUUUUAUAAACAAAAUAAAGAAAUACUUGCCAGUUUCUUAAAGUAUUGAUACAUCAAUACUUUAAUCAAUUCUUUAAUAUUUGUUUCAAAAAAAGAAAAUAAUGAAACCUUUCUUUGUUGAUCAAAGGGAAAAACUCAAAAACCUUUCAUAUAAGACAAAUAUAAAAUCAGGGAAAAAAAAUAUUAGACCGCCCUUGUUUUCUUCCAUUUCUUGUUCAUUUUACCAUCUGGUACAACUAAAAGUGCAUUUGUUUGGACAAAUGUAAUGAUAACAACAAAAAUAGCGUUUAAUAAAUAAUAGAGUUUAAUGUAAGAGAUGAUAUCCAGCCAUUUUCAUGCUUUUCUUGAUAAUAACCCAAAUCACUUGAGUUCUUACAUCAAUAGCGAUGGCAUUGUUCUGCCAAAAACAAAGCUUUUAGGCAUCCCAUGUUUUCUCUUUUGUAUUUUGGUCAUAUGAUACACGCAGGAGUUAGUACUUGACUGGUUAACCAUUGUUUUUGACGACUGCAGCCAUGCGUCUUGGCGUGCUCUCCUCCAGCUUCUGACAUUGUUCUGCUGUCAGAGCAGCCCAUUCCUGUUACAGAAUUUCUACCAAAUCUGCUCUGUUUUCGGGCUGGUGGUUCUCCAUUUUGAGUUUGAUGAUGUUCCACAGGUUUUCAAUUGGAUUAAGAUCUGUUGAUUGAGCAGGCCAAGGCAUGGUUCGAAUGUUUUGGUUCUCCAUCCAGGCUUUAAUUGACCUUGCUGUGUGGUAAGGGGCAUUGUCUUGUUGGAAAAUCCAGUCAUUUGUACCAGGAAAGAGUUUAUCAGCUGAUGGGAGAAGACUGUUUUCAAGUGUAGCCCAGUACGUGACCUGGUUCAUUCACCCUUCACACAACUGCGUGUGCCCUAUUCCACCCUUACAGUAACAACCCCAGAUCAUCAAUGAUCCACCCCCCAUAUUUUACUGUAGGGGCAAGACAGUCUGGUUUUUAGGCUUCUCCAGGCCUCCUCCUAACCAGUAAGUUAGCUGGAGUGAGCAUCAACUCAAACUCUGAUUCAUCACUGAAGAGAACCUGGGAAUACAAUUAAACUUAAGCGUGUUAAAUAGGACAUGAAAUAUUAUGGAAUCAUCUGCAUUUUUAGUUACAUUCAUCUUAUUCUGCCUUCCUGCUUCUAUAUUUAAAAACACACCUUGAUAAGUUUAUAUUCAGGAUAGAAGUGGUUAGUAUCUGAUAUUCUGGAUUAACCGACCCCAGGAGGGGACUCUUGUGAUGUGCUCUACUGGUUAUGAUCCCGACUUGUUUUUAAAUCAGCAGUAAUAAGCCCAGUUAGCUAUUUGUCUAAAUUAGCUGUCCUGUACUUUACAGUAGGAUGUGAUGUUAGCCUCCAGCUAAUGACACAUUAAAGGCUGGAGUGGUAAUAUUCAGUUAUGUUUCCACUUGUCUUUGCAACAGACGCUGUAACCAGCUUCGAUGUCACUGAGAUCCUUAACUCACAGAUACAUCCAAAUUAGGAAAACUGACACUCAGCCAACAUGUUUGUUCUUUUCCAUUCAUGCUUCAUGGAGUGACGAGCUAAAGCAUCGUCUCCCUCUCAUUCCUUCUCUAGAAAUCAGAUACAAGAUUUGGAGCGAAGUGUCAUCAUCAACUAUUUUAGAAGGUUUUAUUAUGAAGUAUAAUUUUGUGUCAGGAAUUGCUUUGCUUUCUUUUGUCUUGAGCAAAUUACCCACCUGAUUUUGACAUGCAGAGUUAUCCUGCUGCUCUAGUCAUCCAUAAAAGCAGUAGAAGAAGCUCUUCCUCGGCCUGUGUCGUAUCACACCUCCAGGUUUUGCUCCACUGCUUGCCAGCUAUUUUAUUUACUGAAUUAUUUUGUUUAACUAUAUUACAGAGAUAUCUGUAUUUUAAUCAUCUGUCUUGGUUCUGCUGUUUUCCCAAAUUAAGCUCUGAGCUCAUAGUACAGUACAUACUUGUGCACAACUGUUGAUAAAUAGGCGACUGAAAGGAAACCAACGCUGUCAGGACACAGAGCAACUAAAACUCAACCAGUGGAGCUCACUGCGUUGUUAUCAACCUUCCUAUAGAAAAGGGUGGUACAGUCAGGAGCUUAUAUUCAAGUUAUUUCAGCAUAUCCAGAUUGUUAGGGUAAGAGUUAUCAAGCAUUUAUGAAGGCAUGAAAAAACAAGGCUUUUGAUACUUGUGUCAUCAGUGUACUAAAGGUCAAAUAACUAAUUUUUACUCCUGUACAUUAAUCUUUUGCACAGAUGUAUUCUUGUUAGUCUCUCAUGUUAUAUAUCAGCUGCAGCCCUCACAUGAUCAAAUGGAGUGGUACAGAACCAAUAAGAGUUAAUUUGAAAAUCUAAUUAAAUGCACAAAGAAUACAUUUAUUGUCUUUGGGGAUUUAGCUUAUGCUCUAUACUGUACUAAAAAAUGUACCAGAAAAAGAACAAACAUUUGAUGAUUGUAAUGAGUAAUGAUUAUAAAGCUGUCGUCCUAAUCCAUACAUAGUUUGGUGAUGCUUGAAUGAAGAGACAGAGAUCUUGAGCUUGGAUAUUUUCAAACUGUGUUUAUUUAAUGUGGGUAUUUUAAUGUCAGCUUGUAUUUUAAAAUGUUUUCAGUGUUAAUAAAUGUCUGUUUUUAUAACAUGCAGCACUUUAAGGGAAAAAGUGAGUGGUACCCCAAAGCUGGUGAUGUCCCGGGUUCCUACCCCUCCUCCUCCAGGGGAGAUGUCAAGUGGACCUGUGGCAGAGAGCUGGUGUUACACACAGGUGAGUUGAUUUCAUUACUAAAUCACACUGUGACCAAAUUAAUCAUGUGUUCAGAGCUUGUUAAAAUCAUGUCAUGCUGUUGUCAUGCUCUGGUGAUAUUUCUAAAUCUCUCGUAGUUGGUGAUGAGAGUUUUCUCCAGCACACUGUUCCUCCAUAUUGAAUUUUUGCACAGUUAAAUGUAAAUGUUUCUUUAAAAGGCACACAAAUGGUGUAUUAGGACAUUAUGUCUGCUUACACAAACCAGGACCCCUAAAUGAGGGAACCAAACAAAAAUCUGCUUUCAUAACUUUGAACACAUUUGUUUCUCCUCCUGUGACACAUUGAAUGUUUUUUCUCUCUAAAAACUCUACUGUGUAAAUACAAUUAUGGUUAUUCGAUUUUAAUAAUUACUUAUACAGAUGUAUUAAUACAGUUAUUUAAUGGUUAAUAAUAUAUAUUAUGAUGGUAUACCAUUAACAGCAUCAGUGUGAUGGUUCUGUUUGUUUUUUCUUCCUAUUUCAAGGUCAAAGUCGUGAAGUUUUCCUACAUGUGGACCAUAAACAAUUUUAGCUUUUGCAGAGAGGAAAUGGGAGAGGUUCUGAAAAGCUCAACCUUCUCCUCUGGCCCCAAUGACAAGAUGAAAUGGUUUGUACCUGGCAAUUUUUAUCUAUUUGUCUGUAUUUUCAUUCGAAAACUCUCAAAUUAAAUUAUGGCAACAAGAGCAAAAAAAAACAAACAACCCAAUUACUGUUCCUUGUCUUGUUUGGGACGAUCCUGAUGUACCCUGUUAUCUGUUUACAGGUGUCUGCGGGUCAAUCCUAAGGGACUUGAUGAUGAAAGCAAAGAUUAUUUGUCAUUGUAUCUACUUCUUGUUAGUUGUCCAAAAAGUGAAGUCAGGGCAAAAUUCAAGUUUUCUUUGUUGAACGCAAAAAGAGAGGAGACAAAAGCAAUGGGUGAGUACCAAAUGUCUUAUUCACAAUAACAGUACCCCAUCGUAGAAACAUUUCAAUUAACUGAAAUCAAAGAAAAGGACAAUCAUUAACAUUACAAACCGAUUAAAAACUGUCUGCAAACCUGCAAACUACAGUAAAGAAAUAUUCAGACUCAGAGUUUCUUUUCUUCUUGUAACAGAAAGCCAAAGAGCAUAUAGAUUUGUCCAAGGCAAAGACUGGGGUUUCAAAAAGUUUAUAAGGCGAGAUUUCCUACUGGAUGAAGCCAACGGACUCUUACCUGACGACAAGCUCACCCUGUUCUGUGAGGUAAACUUCAUUCUUCUACAUAACAUCUGAAGAUUGUUGAGUUUGUUAUGGAAACCAUGAAUGCUAAAUCAGGAUCUCUUUUCACUGCUGUUGGCUCAUUUAAAUUUGCAUCUGUUGACAUUUUUAUCUAUGAGCGCCGUGUUACUGGAAUUGACAGAAAAGUAAUAUAACAUUUAAAUUCAAGACACAAUGUCAGUUAAGGUGUCACAUCAAAGUUGAUUUUAGUUUAACUAACUGACUUGGUUGAACAUGAAACAAACUCGACCAUUAUAACGGACUGCUCCAUCGUCUCUGUCUUUCUGAUGUAUAGGUGAGCGUCGUCCAGGACUCUGUAAACAUUUCAGGCCAGUCCAACAUGAACAUGCUGAAGGUACCAGAGUGUCAACUUUCUGAUGACCUGGGGAACCUGUGGGAAUGUUCACGCUUCACAGACUGCAGUCUCUAUGUAGGAGGCCAGGAGUUCAAAGCACACAAAUCCAUUCUUGCAGGUAAAGGCCGUUCAGGUCCCUCAGCAACCAGGAGAAAAGCACCAAGAUGUGUCUAAUAAAACAUGCCUUCCAGCAUCUCUUCAGAGCUGCAAGUGGAUUGCCUUAAGCACCAAAGGCUACGAAAGCUUUGUAAUCCAGGCUUGAUUUUAGCCGCCUCGUACUGCAGCGGGCAUUUAUCCACCCCACUACCUCUCCUUAGCCCUGCUUGACCCAGAUGACUGAAGGAUCCAAAAGAUUGGGAGGACUGACUGUCUUCCACAGAGUGUGUCCUUAGAUAUGCUGGGGUUUUGAGUCAGAGCUAACAUAGACACAUCUGUAGCCCAGUAUUGAAAGUGUCCAGGACAUUCGCUCAUUUGUGCAUUUAUUUACUGUUUCAACAGCGAGGUCACCGGUCUUUAAUGCAAUGUUUGAACAUGAAAUGGAAGAGAGUAAAAAGGUAAGAACUUUUGGGUAAAUCUUGUCCUAUCUCGACUCAGUCCUAGCUGAUACCUGACUUUAGCUUUAAAUGUUCAUUGAUGUGUAUAAAGAUGAACACUUUUGGCUCUUUUUCUCUUUAAGAACCGUGUUGACAUCAGUGAUGUUGACCCAGACGUCUUUAAGGAAAUGAUGGGCUUCAUAUAUACAGGAAAAGCCCCAAACCUAGAAAAGAUGGCAGACAAUUUGCUGGCAGCUGCAGAUAAAGUAAGUAUUCUGAACUUUUGUUUGUCCUUUUUCCGAAACUAAAGAAGUAAUUAUCCCUGUUCUGAUGUAGAGAAGUAUUAAGGAAGAAAAAUGAUAUGAUAUAAUUUAAGAGAGAAAGAAUUUUAACAAUGAGAUUGAGAAGAAAUCUGUGAGUAAAGUUGACAUUAUGAGAGAAGAAGCAAAUAUGGUAUGGGUGGAAAGGUCCCUUUACGCUGCAUUAACAAACACACAGAAGACAUGUAGAAAUGCUUCGUCAUUAGUGCAGUCCCAACGCUGUUAAGGUUCAAACUAGCAUACAGCUUCAGCUCUGCUUGGACAGUACCUGGUCCAGUGAAUCCAUCAGCAGAGGGAGUAGAACUGGGCAAAGACCGUCUGUGUGGUCAUUUAACAUUCAUUAUGUUUCCUUUAGCUGCAUGUCUUACUUUGGCUGUUGUUAGAAUUUCAGGCUUCUUGUUGUUUAUGACUUCUUGUGCUCAGGUCGGUGUUUGAGAAGAGUGCGUUUCCUGAUUAUCCUUUUCAUUCGUACUGACCUCAGGGAACUUUACUAAGAUGAUCAACUCCAGCUGCUUCUUUUUCCUCCUUCCAUCACACGGAGACCAGCAAAAAAUACCAACGAAACGUAUUUUUACACUCUCAAAUCAGCAAUAAACACUGCACUACAUAUGUUUAGUGUCAAAGAGUGAUGUCAAAGAGAGAACAGAGAACAUGCUGAAUAAACACAAUCCAUUUAUGUAUAGAUGUUUUAAAAACAUGGUUCGAACCGCAGGACAGGACUGAGUCAGGUGAUAAUGAUGAGCUCGCUAAAAGCCACAAUUUAACCAGCAGACGAGAAGGCUGAGUGGAGAGAGUUGUGAAUGGGUGUAAUAAAAAUCUAAUGAGACUCUUCCAAGCAAAGGUUCUCCAUGAGAUUGAGCUUGUUAUCGUCCCCCAGACUUACUCAGAAAUACCCGUUACUUUUUCUCCUUUUUUAUUUAAACUAUACUCUCUGUUUUCAUCUCUUGAAAUUCUCUAUUUAUGACCAUAAAAUUAUGUUUAACCCAGAAGCUAUCAGCCCCUUAAAAGGUCCUAAAACCCUGAUAUUUAACCUACACAGACUUUUGUAAACGUCUCAGUGUACCCUGGUUAAAAAAAGGUCCUGGUGGCCGAUCUGAUAUCGAUGGAGUAUUUUGCUGCCAAGGGUCAAAGUCAUUUUAACACAAUCUGAGAAACGUUAUCUCCUCAGACAAGUCACUCUGAGUGGACGGGUAUUUUCAGAGACCACUUAAUCUAUUUUUCCUGUUUUCAUAAGAUAACUUCGAAGUCAUUUGUCUCCUAAACAUGCGUGAGUUGGAGCCGUCCCUGAGAUGUUUCCUCCAGUAUUUUUCCAUAUUCCUCGAUAAUCAAAGUUGCCUCAAUAAGAUAAUGUCCUCACCUGCGCAGGUACAUUUGUAUUCUUGAAGACACGAGUACAAAGUCUCUUCUUAGUCUGCCCUAGAAUAUUGUUUUUAUUUUACCAUUUUUCUCCUUAGUUUAUCCCGAUCAUUGAGUUUUUAUCUGAUUUCAGUCGGAGGAGUUUAAAAGUGUGUUUUCUUGUUUCUUUAUUUGUAAGUGAGCGAGUCAUUCUGCCAAUUGUCCUUCCGUCUCUCCAUGUCUGUGUCUUAAAAAGGUCAUUUUUUAAAUGUUGUUUCAUUCUUUUUCUUUUCAGCUCCCAUUUUGACUCGUGCGUUCAGUGUCUCUUCACGUGUUUCUAAUUUUUCAGGAAAUUAUCCACUUUUUCAAUUUUCUUUUUGAGAUUGGAGCAGUAACCUAUCAUUAUACCUCCUAAUACAGCUUUGCAGGUGUUCAAAAAGAGAGGUGGGAAACUUCUCACAGGGACAUUUUCCCAUUAUCAUAUUUUCUCAAAGUCAUUUUUAGUCCCCUCCCUGAUUUCUUCAUUCUUCUUUUCCAAACUUGGUGUUAAGUCUUUGGAAACUGUAGUGUGAUCCGACAGGUUCCAGAGUUGUUAAAAUCUGUUUGAAUGUAAACAAAGUAGUGCAGUCUGGUGUCGACAGAGUGUGGGUCAGAACAGGAUUUUAUUUCUCGUGUGUGUCUGAAAGUCCAAGUUCCUUCAGCAGUAAAUAUCUUUGGUAGUUUUCCUCACCCGUAACAGUAGAGUUUUGAUGAAUUUACCUCUGAUGUUAUUAUAUCAAUAAUUUCCUCAUCAAAUUUCUGUUCACACCUUACAAGGAUGUAGACUUCUGUGACGGAGAAAUCAGCCUCUGCACACCUGCAGUAAGAUUAUCUGUUAAAUACCUGAUGCUUCAAGCAACAGAAACACUCAGAGAACAAAACAGUGUGAGGAGUAACAGGAAAAAAAAACAACUUUGACGCCAUCUUAGAGGUCUCUUUUACCGCCAUAUGGUGGACUUAGAGGCAAGGAGCGCCCUCAUCAGCUUUACAGCUGGUGUAAAGGUCCAGAAUGAGGACCAGAGGAGUCUGGACUUUCUAAAUCAAAACUUUAUAUGUUUUAAUGUUAUCUUCAUGAGCCGCUCUAAGCACACUGUAAAGAUAGAUCUAAUGCAUGUAUCUUUGCUUUGUUAUAAGGUCUAGCAGCUCUACUGUGUUGGGGGAAUUAACGGGAUAAUCAUGUUAAUUUGGAAAAAUGAAUUAAAAUAUUUGUAUUCAUAAAAAAAUCUCAGAUUCUCCGAUAUUAGUUUUGUUAACCUGCAAAAAACUGUUUAUUUUUUUUCUCUUAAAUGAACGCAGUAGUCAUCUGUACAUACUAGUUUAAUAAUAAUAGUUUUAUAACACAGUAUUAAAGUGAACUUGACUAAAAGAGCCACACAGUAGAAAUAUCUCAUAGUUUCGUGUUUGACUUCUAUGAACAUGUGAAAGUCUUUGUUGACUUCAGGUGUUAAAAAUAAUAAUAAUAAUAACAGAAUAAUUUCUCGAGGUUUGUGUUUGAUAUGAACGUUUUUAAAAAAAGACCAAAAACAAAAGAAACUGUCCAGAAUGAGUUCUUCAUGCAGGAAAAAUUGAACACCAUUUUAAGUAUCACUCUCACCGAGCUCAUCAGUGUUGGUUCAGACGUGUAUAGUGUUGUAAUGGUGUCAUAAUUAUUCGAUAGUUUCAGGUCUGAAUAGUGAAGACAAAGCUGGGACCAAAGCAGUCCACCAUGUUGCCUCCUUGUUGUAACCAAUGUUGUUGUUUGUUUUUGUUUUAUUUUCCACCCCCCACACCAGUACGCUCUUGAGCGUUUAAAGGUCAUGUGUGAAGAAGCCCUUUGCAACAGCCUUUCAGUGGAGAAUGUGGCAGACACCCUUAUCCUAGCAGACUUGCACAGUGCUGAGCAGCUCAAAGCACAAGCCAUAGAUUUUAUCAACAGGCAAGUAUCGCUAGAAAAAAAAAAAAACCUCUGGUGAUAAAUUCCUGCUGCCAUUUCUGUUUACCGGCCCUGAAUGCUUACCUUUUUAUCUCUUUGCCAUAGGUGCAGUGUCCUGAGACAGCUGGGCUGUAAAGAUGGAAAGAACUGGAAUAGCAAGUAUGUAAUUAGCUGAUAUGUGUGACACAAGAUUAAUAACACACUCCUAUCUCUUCCCCCAACCAGAUGCAUUAGAAUUCAUUGUUUUAGCUCAGGCAGACAGAGUGCUAUUUGCCUUUUCAGUUUGAAGCUCCAUAUCAUGGUAUCCCUGUUAUUAAUAGACUCAUACCUGGCUAAACUCUGGAAAUUGAAUAUUUGUCGAGUUUGAAAAUAAGGGAGCGGUCGCUAUUAAAAAUUUCCCCUCAGAUGAUGAAGUGUGCUAACCUGAGGCACCAGGAGAGGUUACAGCCAAAGUUAUUUUAGUGUGGGUCUAUCAGAAACUUUUCAGACUUGAGUCACUGUAACCCAUGGACAGACAGACAGACAGACAGCAGUAAUGUCCCCUCUCAAAUCUAUUAGAUAGCUGGCUAAUCAAGUCCCCCGUCUUUGCUUUGUCAUUACAAUCUCAUUUAUGUUUAUUGGCUUUUAAUGUGCACGCUUUCAUGUCCUGACUGUAAAUUCAUUUCGACUGUGCUUACAGUCAUGCUACAGACAUAAUGGAGACUGCAGGCUGGAAGUCAAUGAUCCAAUCCCAUCCUCACUUGGUAGCUGAAGCCUUUCGUGCCCUGGCUUCAGCGCAGUGCCCACCCUUUGGUCUCCCCAGAAAACGUCUAAAACAGUCUUGACUGCGUGACUGUGACCCAGGAUUUUACUGGAGGUAUGAAGCAUGGGUUUACAGAGGAAGGACCAGUGAGGGUACCAUUCUUUAUUUCAACCAAAACUGAACAGACUUGAAUAAAGAAAAGAAGUGGAGCUUUCUGGCCAGGUAUGUGGGGAGGCUGGCACGUGGACGACAGACAGACAUCAGUGGAUUGGGAAAAAUGGCAAAAUUAGUCUUGCUUGCUUGCUUUGCUGCCCUGCCCUGUCUGAAUUCUGUUCAGCACGGGUAGCAAGUCAAGCUGUUUGCUCCUGUUUUUCCCUGUAUAUUUGAAAUGGCCUUAAUAUAUCUGCCAUUGCUCUGGAGAUGCUCUAGAGUACUUUGUCUAUUUUACUCUGUGCCUGCCUUGUCACAAAGACCAGGCCACCUCCAGGUUGCACUAGUUCCCAUGAAUAGUCAUUUUGAUAUGGAGUUCUUUAGGAACGUAACAAAGGGUUUAACUCAAUGGGAAAUAUUAUAUAUUUGUAAUGUUUAGCCCGUUUUGUGACUAGACAUUAAAAAGCAUGAACACUUUCAGUGCAAGGUCAGUUCUUUACACUUUUUAAAAGAUGCGUAUGCCCCAUAUUGAUGGCACCAUUUCUAUGUAAAUGACAGUUGAACUAUCUUUAGAAGACCAGUGUACAAGAAUCUGUUCGAUUGCAUAUUUGUGGGGAAAUUGUAUUCUGCCAUCAUAAAGACCCAGUGUCAAUUCGUGAAAAAAAAGUCAGACCCAAAAGUCUCCGUACUUUUGCCCUCAUUUAUUAGAACAUUGGAAAGUUAUGGAAGUAUUUAGUCUCCCAUUUGAAUUAAAAAAAUACUCCAGGUCAUAUGUCUGUGAACUGUUAUAGAUGCAAUUUUGAGAACUCCUGUCCUUUAUUGCCAAGUUUCAAAUAUAUAUAUCUAUAUAUAUAUUCUCAGUAUAUUGUGGUUAACAAAAAGUGGAGAAGAGACUAAUGCAUGGCCAUGUUAUUGUCACAGAAAGUGUCCAAGUACCAAUUUUGUGUUAAACAAUUUAUUUUCUGCAAUUAUCUGACAUGUUUGUGCAGAAUGAACCGAAUUGAGUAUGUGCAAAAAUUCCUUUCACAUGCUUGGAUAUUUGUAGGAUGCUGAGCAUCUUUUCCACUGGCAAUGUUAUCUGUAUUUGACUGGGGGGUUGUCAUGUUAAUUAGUCUGUCUCGUAUGUAGUGUGGUGUGACCAACACUUCAGAUGGUUUUGUAAAUUUUAAGAGUAGUAAUCAUUUUUACAUGACAUUACUUAUCAUUCAGCGUGUUUGUUUGGAAGCAAAAAAAUGAAGUUAUUGUCUGCAAGAAUGCCUGCAUUAACCCAUUAAACAAUUUUCCAGCAGUCUGAAGUAGCCAAG